AUGAGUAUUGGCAUUAGCUUAGAGGGAAUAGCUGCGUUCAUUUUCCGGACAACAGGGGACAUACUCCACGUUCUGUCCAUGCUUGUUCUGAUUGUCAAGAUGAAAAGAACAAGAUCGUGUUCAGGAAUCUCGUUAAAGUCACAAAUACUGUAUCUAACAGUGUAUGUUUGGAGGUAUUUAGAUAUCAUCUUCUUCCUUCUCUAUCCGAGACAGUUAUUUUCGUCCAACAGAAUGAUCUACAACGGAAUCAUGAAAAUACUGUUUACUACCCUGCAGUCGCACAUCAUCUACAAGAUGGUCCACCACUAUUUCUACUCCUACGACAAUGAGUACGAUGACACUCCCAUCACCUACAUAAUUGCCUUUGCAUUUAUCAGUGGAGGGUUUUUGUUCACAAAACCGCUAACGAAUGAGUACAGAUUCAUAAGAAUGGGGCUUGACUGGCUCUGGGCAUCGUCUGUUGUGCUCGAGUCUAUUUCCAUUCUUCCGCAGCUGGUUCUUCUGCACAAGGCAGGCGAGGGAGAAACACUUACCAUCCACUAUGUGCUCUUCUUGGGUAUGUACAGGUUCUUGUACAUGCUAUCCUGGAUAGUCAACUGGCUCAUAGUAGGAAAAGUCAAAAGCCAUCUGCUCCUCUGGGGAUCUGUGCUGCAGACUUUAUUAUACAGCGAGCUGUUUAUAGUGUAUACAAAGUCUUUCUUGACCAAGGGAAAAAGAUUGAAAGUAAAGCCAAGACAGUUUUUAAGAGACGCGCUCUCAUGGGGCGAAUAG